AUGAGCGAGAUCACCCACCCCACCAUCAAGGAUGGCUGGUUUUCUGAGCAGUCUGACAUGUGGCCCGGCCAGGCCAUGAACCUCAAGGUCAACCAGAUCCUGCACCACGAGAAGUCCAAGUACCAGGAUGUCCUCGUCUUUGAGAGCAGCAACUACGGCACUGUCCUGGUUCUGGACAAUGUCAUCCAGUGCACCGAGCGUGAUGAGUUCUCCUACCAGGAGAUGAUCACCCACCUUGCCAUGAACUCCCACCCCAACCCCGAGAAGGUGCUCGUCAUCGGUGGCGGUGACGGUGGUGUUCUGCGUGAGGUCGUCAAGCACGAGACCGUCAAGGAGGCCAUUCUGUGUGACAUUGACGAGGCCGUCAUUCGUGUCUCCAAGAAGUACCUCCCCGGCAUGAGCAUCGGAUUCCAACACCCCAACGCCAAGACCCACGUCGGCGACGGCUUCGAGUUCCUGAAGAAUCGCCAGAACGAGUUCGAUGUGAUUAUCACCGACAGCUCCGAUCCCGAAGGUCCAGCCGAGAGUUUGUUCCAGAAGCCCUACUUCGAACUGCUGAGUGGGGCCUUGCGCGAGGGGGGUGUCAUCACCACCCAAGGUUCCGAGAACCAAUGGCUCCACCUUGAAUUGAUCACCGGCCUCAAGAAGGCUUGCAAGGAGGUCUUCCCCGUCGCCGAGUACGCCUACACCACCAUCCCCACCUACCCCUCCGGCCAGAUCGGCUUCAUGGUCUGCAGCAAGGACCCCAACGCCAACCUCAAGGAGCCUGUCCGCACCUGGUCCCGCGAGGAGGAGGAGCGCCUGUGCCGCUACUACAAUGCCGACAUCCACCGUGCCAGCUUUGUUCUCCCCAACUUUGCUCGCAAGGCUUUGAACUAG